ACAGCCGGUGGAGCCUUUUCACUUUUAGUCUUGAGGUGUCAACGCCAGCGCAAUGAACUACCUUCAUUUAAGCUUUUUGUUAAUUUUAAGCCUGCUCUUUGUUGGUCUUGGGUGUGGCAAUACCAUCAAGGAGCGUAAUCUCUUUGCCACCGAGCUAUUCCAAACUCUGGCCACUGAUCGUCAGAACGAGAAUGUGAUAAUUUCUCCAGUUUCCAUACAAUUGGCUUUGGGCCUGGCUUACUACGGAGCUGAGGGUCAGACAGCCACCGAAUUGCAGCGGACUCUUCAUGCCUCUGCUAAGGAGAGUAAAGAUGGCCUAGCCGAGAGUUAUCAUCGACUUUUACAUUCGUAUAUCAAAUCGAAAACCGUCUUAGAGAUUGCCAAUAAGGUCUACACACGAGAAAAUCUCAAAGUUUCGCCACAUUUCCGUGAAGUAGCCGAGAAAUAUUUCGAUUCCGAGGUAGAGGGUCUAGACUUUAGUCGCGAAACGGAGGCACUUGAACGCAUCAAUCAGUGGGUGAAGCAAAAGACUCAGGAUAAGAUAGAACAUGCGGUGGACUCUCUCGAUCCUGACACCAAUGUGGCUCUUAUCAAUGCCAUUUACUUUAAGGCCCGCUGGGCUCGCCCUUUCAACGAUGACGAUACCAAGGAUCGUGAUUUCUGGCUAAACGAGAAGCAAUCAGUGCAGGUGCCGACAAUGUUUGCUGACAAUUGGUAUUACUAUGCCGAUUAUCCUGAAUUGGAUGCCAAGGCAAUUGAAUUGUUCUUUGAGAAUAUCAACAUGACCAUGUGGUUCAUUUUGCCCAAUGAGCGUACUGGAUUGCAAAAGCUGGAACAGAAUCUCAAGGGUGUGGACUUUAAGCUUCUCGAGGAACGUUGGCAAUGGAAAUCUGUUUCAGUUUAUUUGCCCAAAUUUAAAUUCGAAUUCGAUGCAGACAUGAAACCAACUCUUAAUAAGUUGGGCAUAAGUGCCAUGUUCUCGGGAGCGGCUGACUUUAGUAAUCUCUUUGACCAAUCACCCAUUGGCACUCGCAUAAGCAAAGUGCAGCACAAGACCUUUAUCGAUGUGAAUGAAAUUGGCUGCGAGGCAGCUGGCAUUAGUUAUGCCGCCGGUGUGCCCAUGUCUUUGCCCUUGGAUCCCAAAACCUUUGUGGCCGAUCAUCCAUUUGUGUUCAUCAUACGCGAUCAGCAUGCUGUUUACUUCACUGGACACAUUGUCAAAUUUUAAAACAAACCCAUUCAUUUUAAAUACUACCCAUCAAAAUAUAUCAAUUUAAUUUUAA